AUGGAGCAGGCGAAGAAGGAGGCGAUUGGAAGAAGCAGCCUGAACGAGAUUGCGACUGAGGAGAAGACGGUUGUCUUUGACAUGCAGGAGCUGCCUGAGAAGAACAGCCCCGACGUGGGUGUCUUCCUGGCCGAGGCGGCGAAGUCGCUUGGGACUGCUGGGGUGGCCGAGAAUAGGCCGUUUGUGCGAGUUGAGGAGAAGGGAGCCAGGGAUACGCUUACGACGCAUCUUCGAGUUCCAGAAACAACUGAAACAGCAAUUCAGCAGGCAGUGAAUAGGCAGGCAGCCUACGGAAACACGUCUAACAGGACUGAAACAGAGACAAUGCGAAUUGUAGGAAGACCAAGGAGUUCGAGCACGUCACAGACUACGACGACGACUCAUUCGCCACUGAAUUCGAUGAAUCCGGUGACUGGCGAGGUGAAUAGCGAGAUGGAGGCGCAGACUGGGCAGUUUAGCACGGUGAAUACGAUGAUAGCAGACAGUCUGAGACCAGAGAGAAACGAGGCGGAUAAGAUCGUGAAUGACCUGAUGAGGUCGACGACUACGAUUUCAGAGAGGACAGGGGUGCCAGUGAUGGACCUGUUUGAGACGAUCAGCCACAUCAACACGCAGACGGUGGUGGAGCUGAUUGACGGAUUCAGGGAGCAUAGGCCGCAGAAGCAGAUCAACAGAAUCAUCGAGACAAUCACGACGUACAUGCCACCAGCGUACAGCGAGGAGAUAACGACGUACAUCGUGGACAGGGCAGCAGAUGCAGCAGGGGUGCCAUCGCCAAAUGGGCAGAUUGUGCACAAGGAGGCAGUUGGAAGGACAGCGACAGUCACAGGGCCAAAUGGAGAGAAGCAGACAGUCACAGGGNCAGGGGUGCCAGUGAUGGACCUGUUUGAGACGAUCAGCCACAUCAACACGCAGACGGUGGUGGAGCUGAUUGACGGAUUCAGGGAGCAUAGGCCGCAGAAGCAGAUCAACAGAAUCAUCGAGACAAUCACGACGUACAUGCCACCAGCGUACAGCGAGGAGAUAACGACGUACAUCGUGGACAGGGCAGCAGAUGCAGCAGGGGUGCCAUCGCCAAAUGGGCAGAUUGUGCACAAGGAGGCAGUUGGAAGGACAGCGACAGUCACAGGGCCAAAUGGAGAGAAGCAGACAGUCACAGGGCCAAAUGGAGAGAAGCAGACAGUCACAGGGGAGCCAGGAACAAGUCGGAUUGUACAGAAAGUGAGGACAGAUGGAGUACCAACUGUCACAGCACCAUCAUCAGAGCCAACACCACAGUUCAAUGCAACCAAUCCAAGGAUAAUGGAGCCACAGCCAUUCACACCAAAUCCAAACAUAAACAGGAAACCAGGAGGAAGUGGUGGUAGUAGUCCACUAGGGGGAAAUAAUGGUAGUAGUCCACUAGGGGGAAAUGGUAACACUAGUCCACUAGGAGGAAAUAAUCAGACAGGUGGAAAUGGUAACAAUCCACUAGGCGGAAAUACUGGAAACACUGGAAACAAUCAAACAAGUGGUAAUCCACUAGGAGGAUACAGUCCACUAGGAGGAAACAAUUCCAAUUCCAAUUCCAACCCAACUGGAUCAAACGGUGGAAACAGUUCCAAUUCCAAUCCAAAUACAACCACUAACAAUGACAACGACAACGACAAUGCUGGAAGUGGUGAAAUCCCACUCAACUACCUAGCACCAUGA